CCUGUCUCGCGCGUCGCCCGCCGCUCCGCGUGCGUCCAGGCUCCAGAGAGUUCAAGAGCCCAGGCGACCCCCUUCGGCGCGCAGCUGGCAGAUGGCAGGGCCGGGCGGCGCAGCCUCCGCCCGGCGUGAGGGCGCCACCGCGCCAGGCAAGAACGGCGCACCACCGGCCGCCGCUGCACUCUCUGGCGCACUCAGGAGGCUGGCGCUCGCUCUGCUCGUGUUCUUCUCGGCGCUGCUGUACGGUCAGAUUCAGCCGCCGCCGUCCAAGAUCCCCGGCGCGCCGGGCGGGCCUCCGGUCACGGCGCCCAGGAUGAGGCUCAGGGACGGCAGGCACCUGGCGUACCUGGAAUCCGGCGUCCCCAAGGAGGAGGCCAAGUACAAGAUCAUCUUUGUCCAUGGCUUCGACUGCUGCAGAUACGACGUGCUGAAUGUCUCCCAGGGGCUGUUUCAGGAUCUGGGAAUCUACCUGCUGUCCUUCGACCGGCCCGGGUACGCCGAGAGCGACGCCCACCCGGCCCGGACGGAGAAGAGCAUCGCCCUCGACAUCGAGGAGCUGGCCGACAACCUCCAGCUGGGGCCCAAGUUCCAUCUCAUCGGCUUCUCCAUGGGCGGCGAGAUCAUGUGGAGCUGCCUCAAAUACAUCCCGCACAGGCUCGCCGGUGUGGCGAUCCUCGCCCCGGUCGGCAACUACUGGUGGUCCGGCUUCCCGCCGGAGGUGUUCGAGGAGGCCUGGUACGUGCAGUUCCCGCAGGACCGACGCGCGGUCUGGGUCGCCCACCACCUGCCGUGGCUGACGCACUGGUGGAACACGCAGAACCUGUUCCCCAGCUCCAGCGUCAAGGGCAAGAACCCCAUCAUCCUAUCCAAGGAGGACCUGCCCCUGUCCCAGAAGUUCAUCGACCGAACCUACAAGGAGCAGGUCCGGCAGCUGGGGGAGCACGACUCACUGCACCGCGACAUGAUGGUCGGGUUCGGGAAGUGGAGCUGGAGCCCCCUGGAGAUGGAGAACCCGUUCGCCGGCGCCGGGGACGGCGAGGUGAAGGUGCACCUGUGGCACGGCGUCGAAGACCUCUUCGUGCCGGUCCAGCUGUCGCGGUACAUCAGCAAGAGGCUCCCUUGGGUCAUCUACCAUGAGGGCCCUCCGGUCACGGCAACCAGAACAAGGCUCAGUGACGGCAGGUACCUGGCCUACCUGGAAUCCGGCGUCCCGAAGGAGGCGGCCAAGUACAAGAUCAUCUUUGUCCAUGGAUUCGACUCCUGCAGAUACGACGCGCUCCCAAUUUCCACGGCAUGUUUUGAGCUGGCACAGGAGCUGGGCAUCUACCUGCUGUCCUUCGACCGGCCCGGGUACGCCGAGAGCGACCCGCACCCGGCCCGGACGGAGAAGAGCUCGGCCCUCGACAUCGCAGAGCUCGCCGACAACCUGCAGCUGGGCCCCAAGUUCUACCUCGCCGGCUUCUCCAUGGGCGGCGAGAUCAUGUGGAGCUGCCUCAAGUACAUCCCGCACAGGCUCUCCGGCGUGGCCAUCCUCGGCCCCGUGGGCAACUACUGGUGGCCCGGGCUGCCGGCGAACGUGUCGCGGGACGCCUGGUACCAGCAGCUCCCGCAGGACCGGUGGGCGGUCUGGGUCGCCCACCACCUGCCGUGGCUGACCUACUGGUGGAACAGCCAGAAGCUCUUCCCGGCCUCCAGCGUCAUCGCCUACAACCCCGCCCUCCUGUCCGAGGAGGACAAGCUGGUCAUCCCAAAGUUCGCCCACAGAUCCUACAUGCCGCAGAUCCGGCAGCAGGGUGAGCACGAGUGCCUGCACCGGGACAUGAUGGUCGGGUUCGGGAGGUGGAGCUGGAGCCCGCUGCAGCUGGAGGACCCGUUCGCCGGCGGGCGGGGGAAGGUGCACCUGUGGCACGGCGCCGAGGACCUGAUCGUGCCAGUCAGCCUGUCGAGGCACAUCAGCGGGAAGCUGCCGUGGGUCGUGUACCACGAGCUCCCAACGUCGGGGCACCUCUUCCCGAUCGCCGACGGGAUGGCCGACGCCAUCGCCAGGUCCCUGCUGCUCGGGGACGACGACGGUCCGCGACCGGCCUGGGGCCCUGCUCGUGUGCGCUGAAUAAGGCCUCAAUGUAAGAACUUCGUGAGAAACAACGUUGUUUCAUUUUGGCGGCCGAUUACGGCCCAUAGAACGUUU